AACGCGAUUUUUUAUUUACGUAAUAGAAAAUUCGGAUUAACUUCUGGGUUUUUUUUUAGUUAAGAUAAAAUAAAGAAUAUACAGGGAAAACAGUAGUUAAACUGGUUAUUGAGGGGAAAAUUCCGUCUACUGUGUCUGUGGAAAAAGUCGUGAAAAUUGAGGACUUCAAGACGAAAGAAGGGACUUUCCUAAGAAAGACAAAGAAAACGGCACUACCGCGACCACACGGGUUUAUUGGUUGAAUUCUUCUUCUCUCUAAAGAUAAUGAAAUCCACGUUUCUGCCACUUUAUUUGUACAUAAUCGGUUUUUACGCUUGUAACACAUUUGGAGCAUCAUGCAGGCAUGGUGAAUAUUUAUCAACAGCUGGAGAAUGUUGUCCAAUGUGUAACAUAGGUUUGGUGGUUUUCAAAGACUGUGUUGGUGAUUACAGUACAACAUGUAUUCCUUGUACUAAAGGAACAUUCAUGAAUGUGCCUAAUGGUGUAAACACUUGUAAAACAUGUAAAACCUGUGGCAGAGGGCUUUAUAUUUUGCAAAACUGUAGCACAAUAAAGGACACAGUCUGUGAGGUCUUAGAUGGGUAUUACUGUGCACAGCACUCAGAUGGAGAAUGUUCUCUUGCAAUUAAACACAGUGAGUGUAAACCAGGAGAACAAAUAAAAACUCCAGGCACGAGGGUCUCAGACACAGUUUGUGAAACAUGUCUACCAGGAUUUUAUUCUCUUGAAGGUGUGAGAUGCAUUAAAUGGACUGACUGUUCACUCAAUAAUGAGAUUGUGGAUGAAGAAGGCACUUCCAUUACAGAUGUUAAAUGCAAACCAACAAGGAGGAGAUCUGGCCUUUUGCAGCUUUUGUUCUUAUAGCAGCUUUUUUCAUACCUGCAGUUUCUUUUCUUUCAAUAUUACUUUUAAAGUGGCGGCUCAUUAGGCACAGAAGAAACAGAAAUAACAGAAAAUUAAGACAAAGGGGAUCUCUACAGUUUCCCACAGAGGAAACAAAUCCUAGUAAUUCAGGUUCAUCAUCAUCCAGUAAAGUG